GCCGGCCAACAGGGCCCUUCGCCGCUUACUUUCUCUGUGUCCCUCCUCGUUCACUAGCUAUGCUGGACAAGUACGAAAGAGUUGGAGCCGGCCGAUGAACUUUUCGUCAGACUUUUCCCUUUCAGUCCUUCUUUGCCCUCUUAGUGACAGGCGGACAACGGAGAGCGCGCGUCGCGCUGGUGACGUAGCGGCCGGUUCUCCGCCAUCUUAGUAGUGGACGGAGAGGCCGCAACUUCGGGGGAACGGAGGAGGUGCGGCUGUCUAAAUGCCGGUGCUCGGCGGCCGUGGGCUCUGGCUGGGCCUGGCGGCGGCAGCGGCAGCGACAGCGGUGAUGGCCACACGGCUGAUGGGCUGGUGGAGUCCCCGCGCUGACUUUCGCCUUUUCAUACCCGAGGAGCUGGCCCGCUACCGCGGCCGCCCUGGGGACCCGGGCCUCUACUUGGCUCUGCUCGGCCGCAUCUACGAUGUGUCCUCUGGCCGGAAGCACUACGGGCCUGGAGCCCACUAUAGCGGCUUCGCAGGCAGAGACGCCUCUAGAGCCUUUGUGACCGGGGACUACUCUGCAGCAGGCCUUGCGGAUGAUGUAUCUGACCUGUCUCCUUCUGAGAUGCUGACACUUCAAAAUUGGCUUUCGUUCUAUGAGAAGAACUAUGAAUUCAUUGGAAGGGUGAUAGGAAGGUUCUACGGAGAGGAUGGGCUGCCUACCCCAGAACUGACCCAGGUAGACGCUAUGAUCACCAAAGGCUUGGAGGCAAACAAACAAGAACUGAAAGAGAAGCAGAAGUUUCCACCAUGCAACGUGGAGUGGAGCUCAGCCAGGGGCAGCCGGUUCUGGUGUUCCCAGCAGAGUGGAGGUGUGAACAGAGACUGGACUGGCGUCCCCAGGAAGCUGUUUAAGCCAGGUGCCAAGGAGCCCCACUGCGUGUGUGUGAGAACAACUGGACCUCCUAGUGACCAGACGUCCGACAACCCUACACGCAGAAAUCGUGGCGACUUGGACCACCCUAACUUGGGGGAAUACACAGGCUGCCCACCCUUAGCCAUCACCUGCUCCUUUCCUAUAAGCUGGUACCCUGUAUGUUGAUAACCCACAAAGAACCCUGCCCAGAACCCUAACGGGCCCUUGACUCAUGUGCCCCAGGAUGGCUCCUGACAUGAAACAAGAGGGCCUGGAAGGACUCUGACUGUACACUGCAAACAUGACUCAGGCCCCCUCACCAUAGACUCACCAUCCUGGUGACUGAGGCCAGAGCCUGGCAACCUGCCUGGUACUGAUCAGCCUGUGCUUGUCACUGUUCCUCUAGCUCUCCUUCCAUCCUCCUUUGGUGUCCACAGAUAUUAAUGGGCACAGAUAUGACCAACUCCAGACUAACUGGACAGACACAGAAGGGCUUUGAGCUUCAACAUCUUUCUUCCCACGGACUCCCAGGCUGCCCAGACCAGCCUGUACCUCCCACCCAAAUCUAGAUGUCAGGGCAUCGGGGGCACUGGCAGAAAGGGACAUCAUUCCCCUGCAGCUCAGAGACAAGGAGACACAUCCAGAAAAGCCGAGUAAAUUAACAGCAUCAACACAAUCCUAUUCCAAGUUCCCCACUCGCUAAACUUGUGACCCGUGACUUUUAUAGUCUUUUUUAUAUGUAAGACCUCUACCCUAAGGCAAACUUGAAUUUAUAGCCCAAAGCCACACUGAGUUAGUUUCAGCUGGACCAAUACAGUGAGAGAAGACAAUAAAAUAGGGUAGGCUGAUUCUGGAAAUGGAAGAGCUUCUGCAUACAUGGAUGCAGCACAUCCAGGUGUCUCUGAACAAAGCAACAACUUAAAACAAGGAUACUGUUUCUCUUUUAAACACUUAAGAUUAAGGGUAGUAUGUUUUCAGAGGGAGAAGCCUGCAUUUUGAGCGAAAGGUAGUUUUCCAGCUCUAACACAGACACUGGUUAAGAGCCACAUCAAAGUGUGCAUGAGGCUGUAAAUGCCGAUACAAACAGUGUUAAGUCCAGGGUCAUCUGUAAUCUCCUGCCCAGGGCCAAGUUCAUACCAGUUACCUCUUGGAUUAAGCAGCCAGGGGCAAGGUGCAUUCCUACUUUACAGAUAAGGAAUCUGGUGCGAUUACAGUUUCAUGGUCUCCUCUGCGCCUUCACCUCAACUCCUCCCCAUCCGCUCAACUCAUACUCUAAACAUUAUCCUUUCUCUCUCUUUUUUUCAUUCUCUCCUUUAUCAUUAUUCUCCUUCAACAGCUUCCAGAUUCACUGACUAGAAAACAGAGGCUGCCUCCCUGUAACUGUCAGACUCGUGCUCAUUGCCCUUUAGCCCCAGCUGUUCCUCACACCUGGACUCCGCUCUCGGCUCCUCUGGCCACCUGGGAGCUUCCUCAUCUGCCCUUCCUGUACCUUUAGCCUCUUCCUGCCUCCUGGCUCUUUCCUCUAAGGAUGCACUCAGUAGCUCAUCGCUGUCACAUCAUAAGUAAAACACCCCCUUGUGACAUGUUCUUCCAAAGCCCCACGUCUGCUUCCUGUCUCUGCGGAGCUUUGAAAAAGCUGCAUGUACUCACUGCCUUCACUCCUCAGCCCCUAUUCGCUGUGCAGCAUAGUCGCCCAGCUCCUGCCCUUCUCUGCUCCAUGGCAGGAUAAAUCCCAUCCUGGCAAACCCAUGGCCACGUUCACUUAAUAUCUUCCUGGCUGGUCACAUUUGAGGGCCCUCAUGAAACCCUCCCUUGGCUUUUUCCUAAUUUCCCUUAUCUCCCUCAUACUGUUCCUUCUCAGACUCCUUGAAAGCCUCCUCCUGCAUGAGCCCUUCCCACCAGCUCCCCUUCCUCCUACUUCAGCUGCCACAUCACUUCUCAAGUCCAGGUGGCUGUCCCAACCAUUUCUGUAGGCCCCUCAGGUACCACAGUUCUGAGUCAAUCUUAAAUCUUCUCCCUCACCAUUCUUCCAGUUCCCCUGCUGGCUCCACCAUCACCAUCCUACAGUCCCCAGUCACCCAGUCUUCCCCAACUCCUCCCCACCAAUCUGUAGGUCCUGGCAGUCCCACCUCCUGAGUUCCCUCCCUCCCAUCCCCUCACCCACUCCCAGGCCACCACCUCUGGGUGAGGCUGUCUUGUCUCCCCGGGAUCAUUGCCGGAAUCCACUUGCACUUCCUCCAGCCCAUCCUCACACCACUGAGUCAUGUGCUUGAUGGUCAGGGCGUUCUCCAUUUAAACUUCUUCACUGGCGCCUGCAGCUGUGAGGAUCAGGUGCUAGUAACUUUUCAGCAGCACACAGCCCAUCUAUGGUCAGGCUCCUCUUAGCCUCAGAAUCUCUCCCCCCCACCUCCCACCUGCACUGUUCCCUCCAGCCUUCAUCUCACUGCAUUAUGCCUGCGACACCACCCAGGAUGCCCCUGCUGCCUGGAAUGACACCUCUUCUGCUCAAUUUGUCUACCUCUUAUCUCUUAAAAACUCAGCUCAAUCAACUGGGAGCCUCCCAUUGGCCCACCAGUUGGACUUACAUGCACUUUCCCAUAGGAAAAUAACACCAUAUUCACUAACAAAUAGCACAGUGUCUCUUAACUAGAAAUUUCUUAUCAGACUGUCGCAUUAAACUGCAGACUCUGAGGACAGGGACCAAAGGUUACUUGUCUUUGUACCCCCAUAUCCACAGUACCUGCGCAUGGUAAGCACACAGGAGGAAAGUGAGGCUCCCGACCUCAAGGAGCUCACAGUAUGGCAAGGUAAAGCCCUGCUUAGCGCAGCUGGAGGCCAUUCUUGGGGUAGGAAUGCAGGGAUGGUGUGGGGGCCAGGUCUAGAGAUGUUUAGAUCCUACCAAAAACAAACUGGGAAAGGAGCAAAACAAGGCUUAUUUACAGUCAUCCCAGCCGUGUAUGGACCUAAACUCUGGCUGAUGGAAGACCCCUGAGCCCAUUUUUCAGGACUCACUCAGCCAGCCUCCGCAGGCUGCUUACUUCCUUGCCUAAUGAGAACUCAUUUCCUCUUCGAUGCCAACCACUCACUUUGUAGGUUUUCAUGUUCAUGGUCCAAAGGGCUCAGCCACGAGAAGCUAGUGGUUACUGGAGAAAUGCCUGUCCUUUCUCUCUCCUGGGCAAAACCAUGGAGGAGGGAGGCAGUUGCUUUCUGAUGGAAGCUACGGAAGUUUGGCUCGGGCAGUUGAGACUUGUUGGCAGAGGGAAACAGAGAAGAAAACGAAUACAUGUUGGGCAAGCAUGCUAGGCAGGGAGGGAGCAUCCUCUGUUCUCACUUAACCUCUAUGCCAGCCUUGAGAGGGUCUUUUUAUGGUCCAGAAAAGGGACGUAAACACCCCAUCCCCUCAUCUAAUGGUUACAGCAGUCACUGCACGGCAGAGCUCGGCUUUCGCCCAUGUCUGCUCGCUCUACCAACCAGUGAGCAGCGUGACAGCGAAGGCUGCGCAGCUGCCCUCCAACAAGCUGGAGGAAACUGUAACAUCUGUGUUUUAAUCCUGAGAUUCCAGUUUUUCCUAUAAACACAGAACUAAGAGUGAAGAGCCUGCGAUUUUUUGCAUGACUGACUAUACAGCAAAGGGAGCCAUUUCAGACCACCGAUGCCAUCCCCUGUGUGCUCAGCGCCAGGACAAGCUGUGAUCUGAAAGACAGACCCCACGGACAGGUUAAGGUGGUCUGUGGAAACCUGAAUUCCCACCCUCGAGAACACUUCCUACUGCCCGAGCCCCCCAGAUUUCUUCUCUGCAAGAAGGCAGCAGCCAUUGCUCCCAGCAGCCCGCACUGGAGGAGACUCUGCCAUGCACACCAGCAUGAGAGAAGGACAUGUCACUUACUACCGGCCACCCUCCGCAAGGCAGCCCUGUGAGUUGGGAAGGACCACGGUCACUUGUAUUUUAUAGACACAAAAACUCAGGCAUAGAAAUUAUGAAACUUGCCUGUUUAACUCACAUAUUAUGACAUAAUCUGACAAUGUUUUCUUAAGGAUGGCUAAUAGGAACACUUGGAAUUGUUGCUGGAUGCCCUUAACCAUGCCUGUUAACUAGGAUAAAGGCCACCAGAGAAUGCGAUCCAUCAAUCACCCAGCUGGUCCGAACAAGGGGUGAGCAAAAUGGAAGACAGGUGAAGGAAACGCAAACGCUAGUUCAUGAAAGUGUUAGGGCCAGGUGAGCUACUAGAUUUGUGCAUUUUGUAUGGGGAGAUUACAGGUUACUAGAUUUUAACUUGCAAACCCCUAAACUUUCCUUAGUUUUCUCGGAAGCGCACCGCACUGGUCCUCCCUUUAGACCAUGACCAGCAGGACCCCCACCAUGGGUGGACCCUCCUGAGCUGCUCCUAAAUAAUGGGGUCAGAGGGCGUUUCCAGGGUCCUCGGGGGAGACUGCACGUGCAGUGGGGUCACAUGACUGAGACUGCCGCUCUGGUCACACAGUCUGGGCCAGGAGCACAGCACGUCCAGGCAGCUGGCAUUACACCUAGAACAGCUACUUUUUAACUGCUGUCAACAAUGUGUUUUUGAAAAGUGUUGGAAAAACAAACUUUCCUGAAGAGUAGUUGUUAAAGAAAUGUAUUCACGUUAGGAGUUUAAAAAUUUUUGUUUGUUUUUAAUGCUCGUUGGUACUUUUUGCAUUAAAAGGAACUGCAAAUGUGUUAUUAA